AAACAUAAAUUCGGACUCCGGAGGGACUGCUGGCUUCCCGGGGUGCUCCUGCCGGAGCUGCCGGGCUCCCCCUCCCAGCGUGUCCCCGUGCGUUCCCUGUCGUGCGGGGUCACUGCUGGUGUCCCGUGGCACUGCUGUUCCUGCCAUGUGCUAGCUUAUGAGGGAUUUCCAGGUCACUUCAGGACCUCUGAAGUGUACUCUGUUCCUGGGGGUAGUCAUCCACAAGUAUGUUCUUAGCCAGUGCCCGCGGAGCUGUGUUCGUGCGGUGCAGCACCCGGCUCAGGGGCGCUGCAGUCACAGGCAGCAUCCAGCGCCCUUCCAGCUCAUAUUUAGAACUCUUUCCUGAGCCUACUUUGUGACCGUCUCCUCUAAUUUCCCCACGAUUACAGGUUUUCUUCAUUUAGGUGGCCUUAGGACCGCUUUGUACAAUUACAUCUUUGCCAAAAAACACAAAGGGACCUUUAUUUUAAGAGUGGAAGAUACAGAUCAGAAUCGGGUGGUGCCUGGAGCUGCAGAAGGAAUAGAAGAUAUGUUGGACUGGGCAGGUAUUCCCCCGGACGAGAGCCCCGGGCGCGGCGGCCCCGCCGGGCCCUACGUGCAGUCGCUGAGGCUGGAGCUGUACGGCCGGGCUGGUGCAGCGCUGCUGGCCAGCGGGGCUGCCUACCGCUGCUUCUGCAGCCCGCAGCGCCUGGAGCUGCUGCGCAGGGACGCCGUGCGCAGCCAGCAGACCCCGCGAUACGACAAUCGGUGCCGGCACCUGACGCCCACGGAAGUGGCCCAGAAGCUGUCACAGGGCCUUGACUUCGUCAUCCGCUUCCGCCUGGAGAAGGGGGUGGAACCCUUCCAGGACCUGGUCUAUGGCUGGAGCAAGCACGAGGUGGCAGAGGUGGAAGGUGACCCCGUGAUUCUCAAGGGGGACGGCUUCCCCACGUACCACCUGGCAAAUGUGGUGGAUGACCACUACAUGGGCAUCACCCACGUCCUGCGCGGCACCGAGUGGCUGACUUCAACCUCCAAGCACCUGCUGCUCUACAAAGCCUUUGGCUGGGAGCCCCCUCAGUUUGGCCACCUGCCACUGCUGCUGAACAAGGACGGUGGCAAGCUGUCCAAGAGGCAGGGGGACAUCUUCCUGGAGCACUUUGCUCGGGAUGGCUUCCUGCCAGAGGCACUGCUGGACAUUGUCACCAACUGCGGCUCGGGGUUCACAGAGAAGCAGAUGGGGAGGACUUUGGAGGAGCUGAUCUCUCAAUUCGAAGUAGGCAGAAUUACAACCCAUUCUGCUUUCCUGGACCUUGAAGCGCUCCCAGAAUUCAACAGGGUUCACCUCACCCGCCACAUUGAGAACCAAGGGCUGCGCCAGAAGCUCGUGAGGGAGCUGCAGGGGCUGGUGGAGCUCGUCUAUGGGGAUCAGCAAGUGGAUCCAGACGUUCUGGAAAAUGAAUAUGUGGAGCGAGUCCUGCUGCUGAGAAAAGGUCACAUAAGCUUCCUGAAGAACCUGGUGUCGAGUGAUUACUCUUACCUGUGGGUCAGGCCCUCAGUGUCCCGGCAGCAGCUGCAGACAAUUUCUGCAGAAGUAGAUGAAAUAGGAAAACUAGUCCUGGGGCUCAUGACAAGGCAGGCAGCUGCCUUGACUGUGGAGGAGCUGAACAAAGACCUGAGAAGUCUCCAGAAGCAAACCAGAGAGACCAAGUACAGCAGCAUGAUGCAGCUCCUGCGCCUGGUGCUCAGCGGGCGCCAGCACGGCCCGAGUGUUGCUGAGAUGAUGGUGACUCUGGGAGCUGAGGAGGUGUGUGGCCGGAUACGCAGAGCACUGUCCAGCUGACAGGGACGUCGGUGACGCUGCCAGGCCACGCGCUUGGACGGUGCAGGUGGCACCUGUGUGAUCAUCUCUGGGCAGCUGGGCUUUAGGCAUCUGUGCUGGUCCCACGUCUGUACCAACCUGCACUAAACACAGGCCACUUCACCUGGGAGAGGAACCAAGUCCAGAUUCAACUCUGCCCUGCUGUUGCCUCGUGCAAGGAGCCUGGUUUGCUGGGUGGGAGAAAAAGACGUGUAUCAGCACUUCAAUUGAGAGCAUGUGGACAGGAAGCGACUGAACUUCUGAUAGCAGCAGAUCAGAUCCUUUUUGGAGAGGGCCUCACAGUCAGGGUGCCUACAGCUACACAACACAGUUCCCUAAUAAAUACAGUGGGGGUAUUUAUAGAUAUAUAUGCAUAUAUAUAAACAGAUAUAUGCUAUAGCUGUUACCCUCUUGGCUGCCAUGGUGUCCUUCCAGGCUGAGUGAGCUGCUCAGAGGGGGUUUCCUCCCUGUGUACUGUGUCACACACGUGGUUCUGCCAAAAAUACCCCUGAUCAGGAGAUUGGGAUGUUUUUUCCUCUUUUGUCUGAAGCCCUUUUAAUUAUUAAAUUACUGUGGUGACUUAGACUCUGUUCUCACCAAUCCUCUGCGCGCCGGCGAGGGGAGGAGCUCGAGGGGUGUUGGUGGGUGUAGUGCUGAGCAGUUCCACAGCAGGAACACUCGGCACAGGGUGGGCUGCCCACGGAGCUGCUCCCUGCCCGGCCGAGGGACAGAGCCAUGGCUGGCCCCGGGCAGCUGCAGCGCUGGCUCAGUGAGUGGGGCUGGGCAGUGGGGCUGGCUUGGCUGCUGCCUCCGCUGCCUCUUCCAAACUGGGUGGGCACUGGAGCAGCUUCUCCUCCAUAGGGAAGGGCUCACUGCCCCCAUGGAACCCUUGCAGAGGGAUGUGGGUGCUCUCUUGCUGUGUCUGUCCUUUUCCCAUCUGUCCUGCCCAUCCUCGGCCCCCAGAGCUGCCUGAGCUGGCUGAGACUGGGGAGUGGGCACAGCCAACAGAGGCUUUUUCCUUAAUUUAGCUGUGCAGAAGUGUGAACUGCCUGUGGUCCACCACAAGUUUUGCAGUGGUCCCAGGAGAACUGCCUGUAAAUGGUUUUUAAGUUUCUUGUGCUCAAAGCAACAUCUGCUGUUGUUGGGCUGUGCUUGACUUUGAGUGUGUGCUCGGGACUAUAUAUUUUUAGUCAAUUUUAGUAACAGCUGUUUCCUGCUCGUCCUGGAUCUCCCCUUUCUGCCAUGAAAAGCUCUGGAGCAGUGGCACCAGCGAGGUCUGAGCUGUUUCCUGCUCUGAGCACUCGCUCACACUGAGCCCAGGCUUUCCUCCUUCCUCUCUUGUUUUUCUCCCUCUGUAAGAUGAGGCCACUGACCCGAGUGUCUCCGAGGAAAACUGGGAAUGCAUCCAGCGGUUCUGUGAGCAGGUGAACGCUGGCACAGAGGGGUAAGGCAGACACACAGCUCUUUGUGUUCAGCCAGGCUGUGUGGGAAUGGGGCCUGGGGCUGUGGUGAGGGGAGCUGGACAGGGGGCUGAGGGGAUUCGCGGGGCUCUGCUGCUCCUGGGAGCAGAAAUGAGUUGGAAAUAUGAGCUGGGAAGAGGUGUAUAUGCAGUGUGAUGGAGGGUGAUGUCUGGGAAUGGGCUCUGGCAUCAAUUGCUGGAGCCCUCCUGCUGGCCAUGCCCUUAGGAGCCUGGCCAAGGAUUCCUGCUGUGGGGUUCUGCAGGGAAGCCCCAAGAGAGCUCAGCCUCAGCUUUUCCUUCCAGACAGGUGCAGGAUCUCUACUGAGAUUUCCUCACCUUCCAGCUGACAGUCUGGAUUCCCUGGGAAGUAGCAGGGGCUGAUUAAUGCAAAUGGCCUGUCAAACCUUGUUGAUCAUCUCUAUGUUCAGAGCAGACUGAGUUCAGAGCUCAUAGUCUGGCACCCAGCUGGUGCCCAGGAGCUGGCACGGGCUGCCCUGGCUGUCCUGGAAGCUCCUGCAGCUGUAGAGAGCCAGUUCCUGUGGUCAUCCCCCAGCCUGUCCCUGCUGCUCUCUCUCCCAGGACAGCCCCUUGGCACGGCUGGAGGGCAGCUCUGGGGUCAGCAGUUCACCCCCUGAGUGUGCAUGGCCAGCACCGUGCCCCAGGAAGGGGGUCUGUCCCGUUGGGAAUCCAGCAGCUGCUCUUCUGUGCACACCAAAGCCAGCAGCAUUCGUUUUUCCUGGGAAUUUGUGCAUGGUGUGACUUGCUUUGCUCUUCCCCAGCCCGCUGUUUGCGCUGAGGCUGCUGGCACACAAAAUCCAGUCCCCUCAGGAGCGGGAAGCUCUCCACGCUCUCACAGUGAGUACUUCCACCCACACACAAAACACUCGCUUGGAAACAGUUUGGCAGGUGGGACGGCAGAGCAGACAGGAUAGGUCUCUCUUCCUUAUCUCUUAGAUGUCAAUGUCUUUCUCUUGGACUCCUCUCCCUUUUAACUUCCCCUUGCACGAGGAAUACAGAAACCAGGGCACAGUGCAGGCAGUAAUUGCUGCUGUUCCUCCCCACGUUGCUGUGCUGAGGUGUUUCACUGCUCUGCAGCUCUGGCUGCGUGAGCUGUGUCUCACCACACUGGCAACAGCUCUAAGGUUGUUCCUGAUGGGUACAACAGAGCAGGUGGUCUUAAUGUGCUGCUUAGGAAGGCUGGAUGAAGGAAUAAAACACGUUCUUGCUGCAUGACUUUCUCUUGUGUUGGUGAAUGCCCUGUCGGAAAGCUCUUAGAUACAGUAAUAUAAUGAUGAAGUUUCUGAAAGCUCCCCAAGCCUUGUGUCUCCAGUUCCUGUUGGGAACAUUUUGUUUUCUGCAGGUGCUGGAGACCUGUGUGAACAACUGUGGUGACAGAUUUCACAGUGAAAUGGCAAAAUUCAGGUUUCUGAAUGAGCUGAUUAAAGUGCUCUCCCCAAAGGUAGGUGAUGGUAGUUAGAUAAGAAUAAAAUAGGGAUAAGAAAUGCAGCUCUGCUUUAUCAGAGGCAGUGGGAUAUUCUGGCCAUGCUCUUCUUCGUUGGGGUGGGCCUGGGCCUGCCUGGAACACCCUCUCAGCCCCACAUCCAUGGAUUUCCCUUUCUGCUGGAUCCUGCACACAUUUACGGCUGGUGCACGUUUCAUUUUCCAUUGCAUCAGCCCAGGGGCAGAGCUGCAAAAAGCUGAUUUCAGAGAAAUGCUCAGCUGAAGAACGAAACUCCUUGUCUCAGUCUCAGGCUUGGUAACAGGAUUUCAGUGAAACCAUAGACUUUAAAGCAUAUAUCACUGAGGACAAUUCUGCUUACUGCUCUGAGAGGACAGCUAUCGUUUAAUGAGUUUGAAAUGCCUGCUCUUGGGGAGCUUUGUGUUUUUAUAAUGAAAGGAGUGCUCAUAGGAGAUAAAGAGAAAUUGGAGAAAACACCCAGAUGCUGAUAAAAGACAGUAACUGUUGUUUCUGGUUUUGUUCAGUUUUCCUGUGUCUGGGGCUGGCUGAGGCCAGUGGUGUGAGUGCAUUACAGCAAUUAAGGGGCGUGUUUAAAGUCAAGCACAAAACUGUUUUCACUAAAAUAAUCCACUCUGGGUUUUGGAUUCAGUAAUUGACCAGGGAAGUUUGAAGUGGUUUAAUUCUGAUUGUUACAAACAUGUGUGUGAUUCCCACACUCUCCAUAGCAUUUCUUGUGUUUCCUAACCCAAAGACACACAGCUGACAGCGCUGUGAAUAAACUCACAGGAAUCCAUUUUAUCCUUGGUGUCUGCACAUGAACUCCUUGGGGCUGGAUCCCUGUGCCAGGUCUGGCACCAAUUCUUCGGAUUUGAGCUUUUUUUGUCUUUCUUUACUGUCUUGUUUUCAGUACUAUGGAAUCUGGUCUUCAGAAAAAGUCAAGUCGAGGGUCACAGAAGUGAUAUUCAGUUGGACAGUCUGGUUUCCUCAGGAAGUCAAAAUCCAGGAUGCUUAUCAGAUGCUGAAGAAACAAGGUUCAGUUCUGUUAUUUCAGUUUCCUUUUUAGCCUCCCAUGGUUUCCCCCACAGAUAUCUGCCCCCCUCAGCUUGUGACUCAGCUUUUUCAUAACAUGUUGUGUGUAAGGAAAAGGGACAAAGGCCCCAGGCUGGCUGAGUUCUGAAGGAUGCAUGGAAGUGUUUCUAGGGAUUUUCCAAAGAACAGCCUUCCUGAGCCACAGCUCAGACCACUCUGGAGGCCUCUGUUCACACUGUGUGCAGGGAAAAAGUACAGGACAGGCUCAGAAAAUGAUCUUUGCCCUGGAAUACUCUCCCAGGGUUAUGAGAGAUGAGUUCAGAGGGAUCCUGGGAUGGAUUUUUCAUCCAAUACAUUAUAUUUAGUAGUCCUCAGUGAUAUUUUAAUGUGGAAAUCGUGCAAAACCUCACGCACUGUUGAGCAUCGAGGUUUCAGCAGCUUGAACAACUGCUGUUACCUGUUCCAGGGAUUGUAAAAGAAGAUCCCAAACUGCCAGAAGACAAAAUUUUACCUCCCCCUUCUCCAAGACCUCAGAAUUCUAUUUUUGACACAGAUGAAGAGAAGUCCAAGGUAAACCUUAGAGUCUUCAUGCCCCACCCUCUGUUUUGUAGUGAUGAUAAAAGAGAUUCAGUAAUAUUUUGUGACUUCUGCUGUUUCAGACAGACUGUCUCAGAAUAAUGCUGAUCCUUCCUGCAGUGCAACAACUGGGGAACUCUCUUGAGUUCUCUACUGAGAGAAACUGAGGCUUUGUCAGAAAUAUUUCCUUAGUAAAAAGUGAAACUUUUUAACAGAAAAACAUCAGUUUCCGUGACACUUCCCCAAGGGAGGGUUCUCCAGGUCUUACACAAGUCCUGCAGAGCCCGAGUUCCUAAUCCUGAGCAGCCAGUGCAUGCAGGCAGCAAUGUAACCUGGAUUCGAUUGUGGGACAGGAGCUGAAGCAUUUCCAGCAUUAUGGGACGGUUCUGCAGGAGGUGUCUGUGGUGUGGGAGGUGUGCACAGGGCCCAGGGGCUGCUGCUCACUGCUGUCCCAUCUCUGCCCUGACAGCUCCUGGCCAGGCUCCUGAAGAGCAGCCACCCCGAGGACCUGCAGGCAGCCAACCACCUGAUCCAGAGCGUGGUUAGAGAGG